CGUUUCUUAGAACGUCAAACAGACAUUUGCUAACAAAAAUUUUGAAUUAGAUUUUUUCCAAAUUAUCAGUUCGCCAUGCACUGAACACAUUCGUUGAACUACUGUCAAUAUUUAAACGUCAAAACCAAGUUUCAGUUGGAGAUCUAGCGUUAAUGUGAUAAGAAAGUUCCUCCAACAUGGGUGCACCAUCUGGUAAUGCCGAAAACGGAAAAAAACUCUUCGUCCAGCGGUGUGCUCAGUGUCACACAGUUGAAAAAGGUGGCAAGCACAAAACAGGACCGAAUUUAUCCGGUAUCAUGGGAAGGAAAACGGGUCAAGCUGUAGGAUUCGCCUACACUGACGCCAACAAAAACAAAGGGAUUACAUGGACCCGGGAUACGCUCUUUGAGUAUUUAGAAGAUCCGAAGAAGUACAUUCCGGGGACGAAAAUGGUGUUUGCCGGUUUAAAAAAACCGCAGGACAGGGCUGACCUUAUUGCGUAUUUAGAACAAGCCACUUAGUAGUAGUGCUCAUUUUGCUUUAAUAUAAUAAAUAAAACCUUCUGUUUUUUUCUGUGGUAUUGCA